ACACGUUACCUGCCCAACACCGCACUCACUCUUUGUACAUUUACUCGUCGUGCCGGAUCGUCUUACGCGCAGUGUCCUCAGAAACCCUUGUGCCAGUGCGCUUGGAUGCUCCCUGCCAUCAUGUAUUUAAGCAGGAAGAUCUGCAGCGUUGCGCUUCUUUUGACUGUGACUGCCGUUAGUUCCAAAUCCGAGACCAGUGUUGCCUGGGAAAUCCAACGCUAUGACGGCUGGUACAAUAACUUAGCUUACCAUAGCCGUGGAGCAGCAGGUGAGUCACUGACGCGUCUGCUACCCGCGCGGUACUCGGACGGGGUCUAUCAGGCGCGCGGAGAGCCGGGGUUGCCCAACGCGCGCCGGGUCAGCAACGCGGCCACGCAAGGUCCGUCUGGACUGCCCUCCUCCCGGAACCAGACCGUGCUCUCCCUGUUCUUCGGGUACCAUGUGAUGUCGGAGGUCCUGGAGGCACGACAGCCUGGCUGUCCUCCUGAGUUCCUGAACAUCCCGGUUCCAGAGGGAGACCCCGUGUUCCGAUGGAACGCCACCCCCACCCCCCUGCUCCGCCUCCAGAGGGCCUCCUGGGACCACCACACGGGCAAGAGCCCCAACAGCCCCCGAACGCAGGUGAACCACGUCUCCUCGUGGAUCGACGGCAGCUCCGUGUACGGCGUGUCCAGUUCUGGGGUGGACGCGCUGCGGAGCUUCUCUUUGGGCCGGCUGGCGUCCGGUUCCGAGAGCACCCUUCCGAAGACGGGCGGAGGAGGGAACCUGAUGUGGGCCGCACCCAACCCCAGCACCGGCGACACCGGGCCCGCGGGUCUCUAUGUUCUGGGGAACAGCUGGGCCAAUGAGAACGUGUUUACGGCGGCGGAGGGCGUGGUCUGGUUCCGUUACCAUAACUACUUGGCGUUCCAGCUGCAUGAGCUCCACCCAGACUGGUCUGAUGAACAGCUGUUCCAGGGGGCCAGGAAGAGGCUCAUCGCCACCCUGCAGAGUAUUGCCCUGUAUGAAUGGCUGCCCAGCUACCUGGGGAACCCUCUGCCUCCUUACCCAGGUUAUCAGAAGUAUGUGGACCCUGGAGUCUCCCCUGAGUUCGCCGUUGCAGCUGCCCGCUUUGGCCUGACUCUGGCGCCCUCUGGUGUUUAUAUGAGGAACAGUAGCUGCCACUACAGAGCGGUUGCCAACGGUGACGGCACCACAUCUCCUGCCAUGCGCUUGUGCAACAGCUUCUGGAACCGACACAACCCCAACCUGCAGACAGCUGAGGAUGUGGACGAGCUGAUUCUGGGCAUGGCGUCUCAGAUCGCAGAGAGAGAAGACCACGUGGUAGUGGAGGACCUCAGAGACUACAUGUAUGGUACAUUGCGUUUCUCCCGCUCGGAUGCCGUUGCUAUGACGAUUCAGCGGGGCCGGGACUUUGGCUUGGCCGGUUACAGCGAGGUCAGAGAGGCCCUCAACCUCCCGCCACUGCACACCUGGGCACACCUCAACCCUGAGCUCAACCGCUCCAACCCACAGCUGUUGAGGGAGCUGUCGGGGCUGUACGGGAGUGACCUGUCCAGGCUGGAGCUGUUUCCCGGGGGGCUGCUGGAGGCGGCGGGCGGCCCAGGGCCCGUGUUCUCCGCCCUCAUCUCCGAGCAGUUCCAACGCAUCCGGAACGGAGAUCGGUUCUGGUUUGAGAACAGGCAGAACGGAUUGUUCACAGAAGAGGAGAUCUUAUCGAUCCGGAACACCACGCUGCAUGACGUCAUCGUUGCUGUUACAAGUGCACGGCCUGGAGACAUUCAGAGUGACGUAUUCUUCUGGAGAAAUGGUGACCCUUGUCCUCAGCCGGAGCAGCUGAACGCCUCAGGCCUGCCCCCCUGUACGCCGCCCUUCUCCGUGGACUUCUUUGACGGCGGGAGCAAAGCCGGCUUCGGCAUCCUGGUCAUCGUGCUCUUCCUGUUUCCUGUCGUGAGCUUCCUGGUGGCUGUGGGAGUGGCCUUCUUCAGGAAGUACAGGUUCAAGAAGUUCCAGAAGUCUCAGAAGACAUCAGACACGUCCAGAAGGGACAACACGCCGUCCACCGGGAUAACAGCGGAGGAGUGGCAGGGUGUGGAUGAGCCUGCGCGGAGUGUGUGUGUGGAGCUGGACGAGCAGCUGCGUCUGCAGGUGUGUGUGCCGGGCGGUGCGGCGCUGCGCUCCCUGAGUCUGGCCGGCCACACACACCUGCAGAGCCCACUGACCCUCCUGCUGUCCAGCGACCGCCAGCAGCGCGCCCUCCUGCUCAAGCUGCCCAAGGAGUACGACCUGGUGCUGUUGUUUGAGGAUGAGGAGCGGCGUGCGGCGUUCCUGGGCCUCCUGCACUCCUCGCUGGGGGAGCAGCAGCAGGUCAGCACGAGGAGCCUGCGCGAGAAGGAGCUGCUGAGGGAGGCCGUCACCAGGGAGCAGAGGGAGCGCAUCGUGGAGGUGUUCUUCAGAAACGCCUUCGCCAAGGUGCUGGACAUCGAGAAGCGUGACGCGGGGGACCUGAAGGGUGUGUCCAGCCGGCGCAUGCGAGAGGCGCUGCAGUGCGAGCUGUCGGGGUCAGAGUUCGCCGACGCCCUCGGCCUCAAGCCCGACUCGCUCUUCGUCCAGUCCAUGUUCACGCUGGCCGACAAGGACGGCAACGGAUACCUGUCCAUGCAGGAGUUCCUGGACGUCAUCGUCAUCUUCAUGAAGGGUUCCCCCGAGGAGAAGUCCAAACUGCUGUUUGCGAUGCAUGACAUUAAUGGAGACGGCUUCCUGUCCAGAGAGGAGUUCUCCACUUUACUCAGGUCGUUCAUGGAGAUCUCGAGCAGCUGUCUGUCUAAGGGCCAGGCGCAGGAGGUUCUAGAGGCCAUGCUGCAGGCGGCAGGGUUCCACGCCAAGGAGCAGAUCACCUGGGAGGACUUCCACCUGCUCCUCAGGGACCACGAGGACGAGCUCCAGUUCGCCCAGCUCAACAUUAAAGGGAUGGAGACACAGGGAAAGAAGCGAAUCAAUCAGCAAUACAGAGUGUCCUUCAUCACACGCCAGAAGAACCGCCCAUCAGCUGGAGAAAAGGACGACUUGUUAAACGGUUCCCCCGGCAGUGACGGUGCAGAUCUCCGCAGAAGACGCGGAAACAGGUCGGGUCUGUCCACUGCUAAGCUGUAUGUGAAGCCCCAGAGGGAGCGCUACAGCAGGAGUCCGGUGCAGCAGAGGGUGCAGCAGUUCAAGCGCUUGGUGGAGAACUACCGCCGGCACAUCGUCACCUUCUGCAUCAUCUACGGCAUCAGUGCCGGGGUAGCUCUGGAGAGGUGCUACUACUACGGCGUGCAGGCGGUGUCGUCUGGCGUUCCCGAGACGUCGGCGGUGGGCAUCGUGGUGUCGCGUGGGUCAGCGGCCGCCAUCUCCUUCCUGUUCCCCUACAUGCUGCUGACCGUGUGCCGCAACAUCAUCACCAAGUGCCGCGAGACCUUCCUGAACCGCUACAUCCCCUUCGACGCCGCCAUCGACUUCCACCGGCUCAUGGCCAUGAGCGCCAUCAUUCUGACAGUGGUGCACAGCCUGGGUCAUGUGGUCAACCUGUACAUCUUCUCCAUCAGCGAGCUCAGCAUCCUCGCCUGCCUCUUCCCCCAAGUACUGUCCAACAACGGCUCGGAGAUGCCAUUUAAAUGGACCUUCUGGUUUUUCCAGACCGUUCCAGGCAUGACGGGGAUCCUCCUCCUCCUCGUGCUGUCCUUCAUCUACGUGUUUGCGUCGCGCUACUUCAGGCGCGUCAGCUUCCGCGGCUUCUGGCUCACGCACUACCUCUACGUCAUCGUCUACCUGCUGACGGUGAUCCACGGGAGCUACGCCCUCCUGCAGCAGCCUCGCUUCUACAUCUACCUGAUCCCUCCGGCGCUGCUCUUCCUCUUGGACAAGCUCAUCAGCCUGAACCGCAAGAAGGUGGAGAUCCCCGUGGUGAAGGCCGAGAUCCUGCCCUCAGGUGUGACGCACCUGGAGUUCAAGCGGCCGCAGGGCUUCGUGUACCGCUCGGGCCAGUGGGUGCGCGUGGCGUGCCUGGCGCUGGGCACGGACGAGUACCACCCCUUCACGCUGACCUCCGCGCCCCACGAGGAGACGCUCAGCCUGCACAUCCGCGCCGUCGGGCCCUGGACCAGCCAGCUGCGCCAGUGCUACUCCCCACACACACACCUGGAGGCGGGGUACCCAAAGCUGUAUCUGGACGGGCCGUUCGGAGAGGGGCACCAGGAGUGGACCGACUUCCAGGUGUCCGUCCUGGUGGGCGGCGGCAUCGGGGUCACGCCCUUUGCGUCCAUCCUGAAGGACCUGGUCUUCAAGUCCUCCAUCAAGGCCAAGGUCCAGUGCAAGAAGGUGUACUUCAUCUGGGUGACGCGCACACAGAGGCAGUUUGAGUGGGUGUCGGACAUCAUCAGGGAGGUGGAGGAGGCGGACGUGCAGGACCUCGUGUCCGUCCACAUCUACAUCACCCAGCUGGCCCAGAAGUUCGACCUGCGCACCACCAUGCUGUAUGUGUGUGAGCGGCACUUCCAGAAGGUGUGGAACCGGAGUGUGUUCACGGGGCUGCGUUCCGUCACCCACUUUGGCCGCCCCCCCUUCCUGUCCUUCUUCAGCUCUCUGCAGGAGGUCCAUCCUGAGGUGGGGAAGAUCGGCGUGUUCAGUUGUGGGCCGCCGGGUCUCACCAAGAACGUGGAGAAGGCCUGCCGACAGAUGAACAAGCAGGACCAGGCCCACUUCAUACACCACUACGAGAACUUUUAGAGUUCCUCUUCUGAGGCCCACUUCAUACACCACUACGAGAACUUUUAAAGUUCCUCUUCUGAGGCCCACUUCAUACACCACUACGAGAACUUUUAAAGUUCCUGGUCAAAAGCCCCCUUCACACACCACUACGAGCACUUUUAACAUUCCUCUUCUGAAUCCCACUUUUUGCACCAAUACAGGAACCUGUAAAGUUCCUUUAGAAAGGCCUGCUUAAUGCACCAAUACAGGAACCUGUAAAGUUCCUUUAGAAAGGCCUGCUUGAUGCACCACUAGGAAAGCGUGUGUCCUGAUGAGAGCUAAAGGUAGAUGGAUAGAUAAUUUGUGUACUAUGCUGUGUGUUUACGUGGAUACUGUGACAGUUAUCUCUUAUUUAGUUCUUCCUGAGUUCAGUUAGGGCCUGACUGCCAGGCUGGUUCUGGUUCCCGUUGGUUCUGGUUCUGGUUCCUGAGUUGCUCUGUCCUGCGGUGCUGUUGUGUCCCCACGCAGCCUGACCGGCCUGCUUCCACAGACGCGAGUUUGCAUCCAAAGAGCCCUCGGUCCUGUAUCUGAUAUGAGAUGUGUUAAAAUCAGAACUCUGUCCUGUAUCUGAUAUGAGAUGUGUUAAGAUAAGAACUCUGUCCUGUAUCUAAUAUGAGAUGUGUUAAAAUAAGAACUCUGUCCUGUAUCUGAUAUGAGAUGUGUUAAAAUAAGAACUCUGUCCUGUAUCUGAUAUGAGAUGUGUUAAAAUAAGAAGUCUGUCCUGUAUCUGAUAUAAGAUGUGUUCACAUGUACAGUAAGAAUCUAAUAUACUGUAUGAUGUGUUAAAAUGUAACUGGGUUUGAUAAUAAAGAAUUC